AUGUCGGACCCGUCUGAGCGCUUCCGCGCCACGCUCAGCUCGCUCCUCUACUUCAGCCCCGACGGGGGGCUUGCCGAGGAGGAUUCGGCUCCCGGGGAAACGGGGCGCGAAUCGGCCGCGCAGAAGGCCGCCCCGGUCGCGCGCGAGUGCCGUCCCGGGGACCGCAAAGACUUUCAGCGCAGACUCGCGACGUUCAAGACCGGCACGUGGUUCGCCAAGCCACCCUCGAUGGCCCCGGUGCCGUGUGCGCGCAGGGGCUGGGCCAACGUCGCGAGCGACACAAUCGAGUGUGAGUCGUGCGGCGCGCGGGUGAUCCUCAAGAUCCCGGAGAAAGCCACCCGAGAAGAAGCCGCGAAGAUCGCGGCUAAGGUGUUCGCGACCCUUGACUCGAAGCACAAGCGAGAGUGCGCCUGGAAAGGCACGACGUGCCCGAUGUCCCUCGCCAGGUUCCCACGCGUCUCAGACGCGGAGCUCAGGCAAGAAUUUGAGAAUAGGCGGAAUCGGCUCAGCAGCGCGAGCCAUCUCCCGAAGACGACGACGGCGGCGGCUAUGCUCGAGGGGGCGGGGGGGGGCGGAGUUUUACACGUACCCGGAGUCUCUAAGUUGAAUAAGGCUGGCGCGCACGUCGGCGCACCCCCUGGUGCGGCGAAGCGUAUCGAGGAGCUCGUCGAGGGCGCGAGCGAUGCGGUGGAGACGGCGACGCUCUUGGCGUUGUGCGGUUGGGACACGGCUGCUGAUGGAAACUCGGGUAAGUCACCCGUAUCUGGCAGGACACGGUCGGGAUCUGUCAUCGUGUGCCGUAUGUGUGAAACGCGAUGCGCCACGUGGAACUUCGCGCCGGGUCCCACGUCCACGGCGGCACCCGGAGGCACUUCGGCGCCUUUGUUUGAGCCCGACCACCAAGGCGCUUCUCCGAGUCUCGGCACCUCGAAUCGGGCGAAACCUCGGGCGAUUGCGACGGGGGCGCAGCUGAUGGGAGCGAUGGGCGGGUCGUUCGGUAUUGGCACGGGCUUUUCCUCCUUGGGUGGUGGCGCGUCGCCAUCCGCGGUUCGUGCGGGCUCACCCUCGGCGGGAUCGAAUCCCCCGCUGAUGGGCCUCGGGUUUUCCAUCGCGGGCGGCGCGUCGCCGAGCAACGCACCCUCCCCCGGCCCGUUCGGGGCUACCGGGUCGCCAUCCCCCGCACCCGCGUUCGGAGCUGGUGCGCAGAGGUCUUCUCCGUUCGGUGUGCCCGCAUCAUCGGCAUCCAACGAGAAGGAAACGACCAUCGCCGCGCCCGGGGAAAGCCCGAGCCAAAGGAUGACGAGGUCGCGCGCGGCGAGCAUAGUUGAGAAGACGCCUCCGCCGAAAUUCUCGUUGACCGGGGACGGGGGCGGUGCCGCGUCCGUCUCAGGAAAGACUCCCUCGUCCACCGGAAAGCGUAAGCGCUCAGACGGGGAACACGUCGAUCCGUCGAGGAAGGAACUCAAGGCGACGACUUCGGCGGGAUCCAAAUCCAAACGCGCCUUCGUCGACGCGCUCAACGAAUUUCAUCCGCUGACCCAGCAUCGAGCGCACUGCCCGUGGAUCGCGGUGCACCACGACGAGUCUGAAGUUCUGCUCGAUGCGGACGCUGUGGCGAUUGACGCGAGGAGGGGCUGGGUCGCGACGCUCGACACCGUGGCGCCGCUCAACGCCCGUCACCUUCUGGGCGCGGGCGACGACGACGAGGCGCUUGCGGCGCCCGACUUUGGCGGCGCGCCGGGGGCGGGGGGAGGUGUCGAGGACGCUCCGGGGGGAGCGGGGGAGACGAAGACGAAAGAAAUAUCUUACCUAGACGCACGCACGAAGGUUGCAUGCGCGUUGAUGGGCCGCGAAACUAUGUAG